AUGUCCUCCAAGAAGCUCCUCGUCGCGAUCUGCCGCGACGAAGCUGCCGCCGCCGGCGGCGACGACGCCGCCGAAAGCCAGCUCGCUGCCGAACUGGCGUUGGACGCGACGGCGCAGGUCUUCAUGUUUGACCACACCGAGGUGGACGAGGCGGACGAGGAGGUGGAGGGCGGGUCCUCGACCGGCAUGGGGGCGCGCGUCAUCACCGACCAGGCGCAGGUCGUCCUCUCGCACCGACCCCAGGCGCAGCAGACGCUGCCGGAGCAGCGGCGGGCCUUCAAGGUGUACGACUCAAACCGCUCCUGGAGGCAGUGGGCGGCGGAGGCGCGGGAGGCGUCCUUCACGUGGAGCCUCAACCCGAACCGCGAGAAGAUCGAGACGCGCCUCCACCUGCAGCUCAUCGCCGGGCUGCGGCGGCGCGUCGACGCGGCAGAGGCGGAGGCGGAGGCGGCCAAGGCCGAGCUGCAGGCGGUGAGGGAGGGCCUGGCGGGCGGGCUGAUGCAUGAGAAGGGGCCGGACUCCGCCGAGGCGCUCGCCAAGGCGCUCGGGCUCUCCAGCCUCCACGGUGCCACCGACUGCGACUCGGUCGUCGGUGCCGAGCGGCCCGGGGCCGGCCAAGGGACCAAAUUGGACGGGACCGCGACCGGCACACACCAUACUCCGUACGAGUCCUGGGGCCGUGCGUGGGCCUCUGGUCGCGGCGUCUGGAGCUUUGACCGUCGAACAUCGGCCGUCAACUAA